UUUCCACUUUGUGUUAAGUUUCUAGGUAGCACCCUGUAUACUACACAUAGUAGUUCGAUUGUACCAGUACGUGCAACUUCACUGCUAAAUAUGUCAAAAAUGGCAACGCCGCGUUUAACUUAGAAAAUGGCGAUUUUUUUUUGAGGAAAUGAAAAAUUAAACUGUCUGGCUUCGAGGAUACAAAAUUAAUGAAGUAAAGCUCUCUAAUUAUGGUUCAGCGUACGUACUUCGCAAACCUGCCCGAACCUCCAACCGUAGCAGCAAAUACCCCCCAAUUUUCAAACGAAAGGAGAUGAGUUUCGGUGAACUACAACAAACACUUUAAACUACUAUGGACACUAAGAUAUGCAGGAUUUGCGGGAAGCUCAGUGAGAAUUACGUGCACAUUUUCAAAACGGAAGGCUUAAAGAACAAGAUCGAGACAUGCCUCCCCAUAAUCGUGUCCCCCCACUGCCUCCUGCCCGACACGAUCUGCUCGCAAUGUCUGGAAAACGUCGACAAUUUCUACAGCUUCAUUAAAAAUUGCCUGCAAAACAUCAUCGUGCUCGAGGCGCAGUACGACAUAAUGGAGUCGUGCCUGAAGACGAAACGAAAGCACGAGAAGAGCUGCUUUACCGAGUGCAUCACGAUGAGGUACGACAAGAACGUGCAGACCGACGAGGACUUCACCGAUCUACUCCUAAACCGCGAGGACAACUUCAAUCAGCAGAACGCCCUACACUUUAACUUUCUCGAAAUGGAGAAGCUCAGCGCGGCCCUUCUCAACGCCGAGAACAUCCUCAACGGUCGCGACUCCCUGAUCUCGGCGACGAACAAGAACAUCAACCUCUCCUAUGCGCUCGUCAGUUACGACAUCGACUCCGACCUCGAAUCAGAGCCCGACGAGAUGAACGCGGGGCAGGUCGUCCUGAUGCCGAAGAAGAAGAAGGCGGCGGACGAUCGCAAGGACCACCUGAUCAAUGAGAUCACGCAGCGCAAGCAUCUGAAGAGGAAGUGCGAUGAUUUGCCGCUGUCGAACCGUUCGAAGCUGCUGAAAAUCGACGGGAGCAGGCGAAAGAACAGGCAGCCGAAGAAGUUGGAGGCGAAGAAUUGCGAUUAUACGGAGGAGGACAAGCUGGCCGUUAUGCAGCAGGUGGAGAAGGAGAUAAACAGCGCGUUUCCGCAAUUGUGCCUCCUGUGCGAUCUUCAGUUUUCGGGGGCGUCGACGCUCGCCGCUCACAUCUACGAGAUGCACGGUAUCGAUAUGGCCCAGGUCGUCUCGUCCGAGCCCGUCUUGGAGAGGAAGAAAAAGCUGCCGAACUUGGUCAAGAUUACGGACUUGAAGAAACCCGAGCAAGAUGUGGGUAAGGAGGAAACCUUGUCCACGACCUUGUGCCCGGUAUGUCUAACGGUCGUGACAAAUCGUACGGAGUUGUUCGUUCACUUGAGAUCGAAUCAUCAAAAAUACGCGGCGCUCAUGUGCGGCCUGUGCCUGCACAUCGCCACGACGUUCGGCGAUCUCGCGAGUCACCUGGAGACCUGCAGGUCGCAACACGAGCUCGCGUCGAAAUACAUCUGCAAAAUUUGCUCAUAUCACGACGACAACUCGCAGACCGUCGAAAAUCACGUUCCUGUCCACGAUUUCGUUUUAGAAUUUUGCAAAAGACAGUUGAAGAUGUUCGACCCCUGCGAUUACGUCGAGAUCAACAAGAAAGUCGAUCACGUGAAGACGCUGACGUGCACGGAUUGCGAUCAAGGCGGCUUCGUUACGUUUAAAGAGUUCAGUAUGCACCGUCGCGUUCAACAUCAGAUCUUUCACUGCGACUUGUGCACCAAGUUCUACGGGCGCAACUCUCACCUGUGGAAGCACGUGAAUCGAGUGCACAAGGGACACCCGAGCAUCACCUGCCAACUCUGUCACAAGACCAGCGCGUCUAAGUACCACCUCGCGCAGCACUUCAACAAAAUCCACACCGUCAAGGCGGCGAAGCAGAGGAGCGACGUCGACGGUUUCGUCGAUUUUCGUCCCAAGCAGGAAGUGCCCCGAGUCGACGAGAUUCUAGAUUCGGUCAGUGACGACGAUUGCGACGCGGAGAAAAUGAAAACCGAAAUCAAAUGCGAGAUGCUCGAUUGUUCCGAUUUUGAGCUGUACGUCAAUGAGAUCGACGACGUGCCGGAGAAGAAGAAGGCCGAGGCCUCCGCGCCUCUCCCGAAAGAAAUCGACUCGACCAGCGAUCUCUACACGAACAUCAUCACCAAUUACACGCCCCCUCAGAACGAGGGCGAAUACAAGUGCCCGAAGUGUUUCAAGGGCUUUCACAAGAAGACGCUGCUGAAGAAGCACAAGAAGAACUGCAGACCUCGACUGCAGAAGGACCUGCUGACGCGGUGCAAGACCUGCUGUCGAAUUUUCAAGGACAGGCAGAGCUUGACGAAGCACCUGAUCAACUAUCACUCGGAGUACACGUGCGAGAUUUGCGGCCAGAAGGUGCAGAGUAAGUGCGAGAUCGUCUCGCACAUCCGCUUCUCGCAUCCCAAUUGUCACCUCUUCUGUUAUUGCGGCAACAUUUUGCGCAGCAAGACGGACCUGGCCGAGCACAAGAGCGACCAUCGCAACUCGUUCGUGUGCCAGUUCUGCGCUGACCUGCUGCCUACGAAGAUUAAGCUGAAAAUGCACAUUUUGAGUUUGCACCGCAAGAUACUCAGCUUGAGCUGCGGCAUUUGCUUGAAGCUCUUCGAGACGCAGCACAUCCUCCGCGACCACGUCCGCCUGGUGCACAAGGACGAGUUGUCGCCGUUGACCUCGUGUACGGUUUGCGGCAAAAAUUACGGCUCGAAAUGGAAAACCUACGAUCAUCUGAAUAAGUCGCACGGUCGCAUAUUUAAGGCGUGCAAGUCGUGCCUUGAGGUUUUCGAUGACGAACAGCAGUUACAGAAGCAUUUCGAAACGAUCCACGUGAACGCUCCGACUAAAACCGUCGUGCAGGCUUCGGCAAACUCCGCGCAAGUUUACGACAGCGACAUCGAUCACGGCCAGGAGGAGAACUACGACAAACAGUCGACGAGCGACGGGUCUAACGACGCAAAGACCUUCAACACGAGCGAGGAGGACGACAUGGUAACCACGAACUUUCCCGAACUCUCCCUGGACAGGCUGUCCCUGUUGGAGAAGCGACUGAUGGGUAACAAGAAGUCGCCCGACGAAGAGGCGAGCAUUCCCGGCGUCUUCACCUCCGGCAACCUUCAAAUUAAGAAGAAAUCUGACGCGAAGCCCAAGAAAUUAAAGCCGCACUCCGCCAAAAGCGAAACCGACCAAAAUCCCCUCCAAAAUAGCUCCAAGCGAAUGGUCUACGUCAACAGCAACGACCCCUCCCUGUGCGAGAUAUGCCUGAAAAUGUGGCCGGCGAAGAAACACCUGUGGCAGCACUACAUCCGAUGCCACAAGACCGUCGCGGCGACCGUGUGUGGCAUCUGCCUUAAAACGAACGAGGACUACAAGUCGCUUCAGGCGCACCUCCUCGAAAACCACCCGACCCUCCUCCACGGGCAGGGCUUCGGAUCGAACUUCAUCUGUCGAAUAUGCGGCCGCUAUCACAACGCGAGCUCGAAACUAAAGCUCCACAUGGCCAUCCACGAGAGCUUCGACUGGACGAUUCUCGACGACGACUCGCGAAAGGAAAAGCCGAACAACGGCUACCCGGAGAACGGCUUCGCGAUGGUCAAGAGCGAGAGCAUCAACUUCGAGAGCCUGAUCGAGCAGGUCGAGUGCUCGUCCGAUUCGGAGGCGAACUCGACGUCGGACGAUUCGGACGGCGACGAGUCGACGAUCCUGCACGACAUGCUUCGCGUCAAGGAGGAGUACUCGUCGUCGGAGAGCGAGUCGAACGACAGCAGCUCGGACACGGACAGCGAUCUGAUCAAGACGACCGACGACAGCUCGCAGUUCUCGCGCUCGUCGAAGAGUCCGCCGGCGGCGAGUAACGGCACGCUCGGACUGGCGCGAAGAUCGGACGAGCUCGACUCGGCGAUACGAUCGAUCAGUUACGAGCCGGUCGACGAGGUCCGCGAGCCGCUCGCCGACGAUAUCUGCGACGUACACCCCCAAAUUCUAAAUCAGCACGAGAUUCAAUCGGCCGUUGAUAGUAUCUUAUAAGUAUAUUCGUUUUGUAUCUUGAAGUAUUAAGUGGUGUGCCAUAUGCAAGUUGACGUUUAUUGUGAUGUUCCUCCUUUUUUACCAUUUGAUAUUAAAAGUGUAUCUCUAUUUUUUGUAGUCGUGUAGAUAAUCGCACAGACACACUGUCAUUCCGUUGCAAAAUAAUCUCAGUAUUUUUUACAAUAGCAACAGUUGAUUUGUGAUUUUUUACGUAUCUCUUUAGGUAAGAUUAGCGUACGAGACUUUUUGAAGACUGUUAUUUUGUAUGGAUCCUAUUUACGCUUUCUAGCUAGAUUUAAGUAGAAUUAUCUUUCGGUUCAGUUCGCCUUAAGGCUUUUCUCGUAGUUUACUUUUGUACUGUUGUAA